UCUACACUGUACAUCAAUGCCAGCAGUUUUAUUAUGGCAGAAGAUCCAGUAAUCAAAAAUGUUGGUGAAUGGGGAAAAUUUCAGUUGCUCUUCGUUAUUUACAUAUUUUUGUCGAAGUUCUCUGUAGCCCAACAUCAAAUUUCGAUAAUAUUUUUGGCACCAAAAACCGUAGACUUCAAAUGUGCAGGUGCAAAUGACUCGGACAUUGGCCAAUGUUUAGAAAAUUGCGAUGGAUAUGAAUACAAUACAGAAAUUUUUACUUCGACAAUCAUUACAGAAUGGGACUUGGUAUGUGAAAGAAGUAAUUUAGCGAAUGUUGCGCAAACUAUCACCAUGUUCGGCAUACUAUGUGGAAACAUGUUGGCAGGAUAUGUAUCGGAUAGAUUUGGCCGAAAAUAUCCACUUGCCACAUGUAUUUUACUACAAACUGUAGCAGGAAGCCUAGCAAGUAUUUCUCCCAAUUUCUAUGUCUUCUGUUUUUUGAAGUUUGUUUCAACCGUUGGAACUGGAGGACAAAUGGUAGUUAGUUUUGUAAUAAUGGUUGAGUGGCUGACACAAAAGAAAAGAGGAAUUCUCGGCGCAUUGUAUCAACUACCAUUUAAUUUGGGUCAUUUGUCUUUACCAGGGUUUUCGUACCUCUUCAGAGAUUGGAGAGUAUAUCAAUUUUCUUUUUCCAUUACUACGUUGCCCCUUAUAACAUACUACUGUUUCCUGCCAGAGUCCGCUAGAUGGUAUUUGACUAAAGGGAAGAAAGAUAAAGCCGUUAAAACUCUAACAAAAGCUACAAAAUGCAAUGGCAAUCCUACAGACACGAUUGAGGACGACUGUGAAAAAUUUAUAGCAGGUUAUGUUGGCGUAAAACGUGAAAACUUAACAGCUUUAUGUUCACACAAAAUUAUGGCCUUUUACACUGCAGGAAUAUGCUUUAAUUGGUUCAUUUGUGGAUUUUGCUACUUCGGUGUAUCCCAAUACGUUGGCACACUUGGGGGCAACAUAUUUGCAAACAACGCCAUAGCCGCCCUUCUUGGAAUACCAGGAACAAUAAUUGUCAUUUUCACUAGCAAUUCUUGGGGAAGAAAAGGAACAACUUUGGCCAUGAAUGCAUUUGCUGCUAUCCCUUUGAUCGUACUACUUGGAUGUCCAGAAGACCCCGAAUGGAUUCAGCCACUUUUUGCCUCCCUAUCCAUGUUUGGAAUAUUCGGGUUAUUUUGCAUUGCCUACAUCUUCGCUGGAGAGCUGUUCCCUACAACCGCAAGAAACGCUGGAUUGGGCUUGUGCUCACUUACAGCAAGAAUGGCUGCCAUGAUAGCACCUUACGUACAAAAUUUGUCAUCCUAUGAUCCUCGAAUACCAGCUGCUAUUUAUGCAGUUAUGCCUAUAAUAGGAUUUGUGGUCACCAUGUUCCUGCCUGAAACUUUGAACGCCGAACUACCCUCCAACGUCGAAGAGUCAGAGAACUUCAAAAGGAAGGGCUUAUUUAAAUAAUUAUACAUUCAUAUACUAUUAUAUCAUUAAAAAUCUGAUGUAAUUUGUUUACCAAGAAUUCAUAUUUUAUUACUA